AAAAGUUGGUUUCGCGCCUGUUUUUGGUUUCUAAGCUUUCCAAUUAACGCCCAAAAUGGACGGUGUUCGGAGGAAGAGGAAGAAGCGGGGCUUUUCCAUAAACUGUCUCCUCUCUAAGAAAGAAAUAAAGAGGCUAAUAGACCGGCAUACUGUACAAAAGAAUUAUAAAACAGGACUAAACGACUCUCACCGCCCCAGGAUUUUAAGCCACAGUUGCAAUUCGACUCUAACAAAGACAAAACCUACCCCACCUCUCUCCCUCACUUUACCACGCCCUUUACCUAUCCCUCUAGCCCCUCUAUCUCUUGCUUCUUUCCAUCCUCCUCCGCAAUCAAGAUCAGUAAUUUCGUCACGUUCAUCUUCCGGCUCCUCCUCUCCCUCCAUUCCUUCGCACCUCGCUCCAAAGCCGCUCCUCAUUCCGGCCCUCUCCUCUCUCCCUACGUCCUCCUUGUCGACUAACCACGCCUUCCAGCCGAUAGACAAUGGUCAUUCGGACUCUCGCUCUCGCUUCCGUCGUUCGCCGACCCCUGGACCUUGGGGCAAAAUGUUGUCGAAAAAUAAAAAUCAGAAGGUCAAGGAUGAUGUUGACAAAGAGAAGGAGAUAGAUACGUGGGUCAUUACGGACGUGGUUGAGUCUGACCCGGUAACGUCUCCUCGUAUUAAACUAAAACGUGUCUCCAAGACGGAUAGUAGUAGCCCGUCUUUAUCGCCUCCAAAGAUAUUCAUAGCCUCGCCGGAGAAGUCAAAGGGAGAGGAGAUACAUAUCAUAGAAGAUGAAGACGGGAGAUUGGUGACUGAUGAGGAUUUCGAUGGAUCCCUUGUUUGUUUUACUUCACAAUCUGGCUCAUCAACUCCGCCUUUGCUCGUUCCUUUCUCUCCCUCUCCCCCUCCCUCCCCUUCCUCCUCCUCUUUGUCCGAUGGUUCUUCUCCCCUCCCAUCCUUCUCUCGUUUUCUUUAUUCUCCUGCCAUCGAUUCACCUUGCCCUUCGCUUCCUAGCCUUCCUUCUCCUUGCCCACUGUCUAUACAUGAUAAAGAUAAACCUAUUGUCCUUGAUACAUAUCUCAACUCACAAAAGAAUGAUAAAAUCAAACUCCCCCAUCCUCCCCCUCCAAUAUUGAAAUAUGACACUACUACUUUAAAUGGAACGGCAGCCUCUGAUUGCUCCUCUACCUCUCCUCCAAUCACAAGACGAGCCACCUCAAGGAUUAAUAGUAUUCAUCAUACAGAAACAGCCAAAGAUGAAAGAGCCUCAAGAUCUGUUACUCCCACCCCAGUCUUCUCCCUUGAGUCUGUCAACACUAUAGCUCCACCCAACAGUUACUAUUACAAUAUUCUCCUCCUAUGGCAGGGGUCCCUAAAUUCCGCUCGCGGCUCCGAGGCUCCGAUUUUCAUUGAAAACCUCUACGACAACGAACCACCUCCGGUCAACUUUAAAUACAUCACUAGCAGCAUAUACAGCACUAACGUCCCUGUCCCCAACAUCACAGCCCUUGUUGGCUGCAGUUGUCUUAAUUGCAGUGAAUCGGUGGAUUGCUGUCCUCAACUAGCAGGACAAAAGGCCGCCUAUACGAAGGACAAGAGAAUGAAAGCUGCUAGGGGGACUCCGAUAUACGAGUGUAACUUUAUGUGCUCUUGUAGCUCGACUUGCUACAAUCGAGUGGUCCAGUUUGGGAGACAGUUUCCCGUUUGUAUUUUUCGGACAAGGAACGGGCGAGGCUGGGGCGUGAAGACCUGCUCCGAUUUAAAACGAGGUACCUUUGUGACGGAGUACGUGGGUGAGGUGAUAACGACAGAGGAGGCAGAGAGGCGUGGUGUUACUUACGAUAGAGAAGGCUCGACUUAUCUUUUUGACCUGGAUUUUGAUGAGGAUCAUCCCGAGUUUACCAUAGAUGCUGGCCACUGUGGCAACAUUUCACAUUUUUUUAAUCAUUCGUGUAGUCCAAAUCUUCAAGUGUUUUCCGUAUGGAUAAAUACCCUGGACACAAGACUACCCCAGCUGGCAUUGUUUGCUAAGAAAGACAUUGUGGCCGGAGAAGAAUUGACUUUUGACUACCAGAUGAGCCAUAACCUGGCUGGCCACACCAGAGGGAAAGGAAGAGUUCCCUGUCUUUGUGGCUCUAGUAAAUGCAGAGGGUUUUUAAUAUAAGAAAGGACUUUUUUACUUAUUAAAUUAUGUUUUACUGAGUUAUACGGUUUCAUCCAGUCAA